CAAAUAGACCAAUUAAGACACACGUUUGGUUGUUUGUUUGAAGCUUGGUUUAUUUAUGAGACUCAAAGCGACUCGCAUGCCGCUUUUCAUUGAGGUCAUGUUUUCUUUAAUUUUGUUAGAGUCCUAAUACUUAUUGUUUAAAAAUAGGUAUAUGGCACAAAAUACGUAAGAGUGAGAGCUGUGACAUGAUUCGAGUCCGUACUUAACUUAUUCGUCAUGUCUAUUACUUUAAAGGAUCCGGAUAGUUAACGUUGAAGCAUGUGAGAUGAAUUGAGCACAGAACUGUUAGGUUUUAAUUUAAGCUAAAUAUCCAACGUUGCCAGUCCAGCACUAUCUACUCUCCAAGCAAAGGUUCGGCUCCGGUUGUUUUGACGCGUUAAGUGGUGUUUUCAUUAUGUCUAUUUGGUCUUUUUGGACACACCGUGGCUAGAAAUUCGUUUAUACGACCCGGACAUGUCAAGUUCCACGGUAGUGUAAGAAACCAAAGAUUGCCAGAAAUUCUUGUUUUCGUGCAGUGGGUUCUGCGGUAGGCUCUGGCUGUAGGCCCCCUGUGGGUCCGCCGGCCGCUUCUUGGUCACCUAUGGGCCCGCUGGUUGCACGUUGGCCAGCGUUGAACUCACUGGUCGCUUCUUGGCCAGGUGUGGGCCUGUUGGUCGUUGCUUGGCCAUCUGUGGCCUCCCCGUCACCUGUCUCUCCGUCUCCAUCUUCCAUAGGUGCGGCGUCUCCACAGCCCUGCUCGUCCUCCUCCCCCAAACAGUCCGCGUCACCGUCACACCUGAACGCGUCAGGGACGCAUGACGCGUUACCGUAGACGGACGGACAGCUGUAGCUGCAUGAGCCCCACUUACGUCCGAGGGCCUCCUCAACUGUGAAAACAGAUGGAAAUUUAUUAAUUAGAACAAUACAUGCGUUAGGCACAUCCUCAGGAUGCCACAAGACACACCUGCACAAAAAGCCCCUGAAUUCGCCAUACUAGGUUCCAACAGAUUUCAAGGCGCGCAAGGGAAGACACUGCGGUUACAGUUGAGAAAAUGUCGCUUAAUGCUAACGUCAAUGGGAAAAAAAAUCGGGACCGAGAAAAAGCGGUCGAAAUGGCCAAGUGGUCGCUGAGAAGAGGUGGUCGCUCGGGCAGGUUUGACUGUGCAGAAAACUAAGCAUUACUCAGUACCUAUCUAAAAGGCACGUUUUGUUUUGGCGAAAACAGCCCAGAAUACUUCCUUAUAGACUCCAGUGUACACACCUUACAAUACUGUUUUGUUGACUUUCGGCUUAAGUCAAUAUUGUCGACACGGUCCGUGCACCUACUACGCUAGUUUGCCCUUCUCUUCUCUCACGCAGAAUCAAUUGCUCAUGUCUCCUUCGCUUUUUGUCUUCCAAUGUGUUGCCUUGUAACUUGGGAUACUUUGCGCAACUGUUGAUACAUGGCCCUUGAAAAGGAAGUGAGAGAUGUCGUCCUCAGCGGGCAGCUCCAAGCUGCUCCCUCGGGGAGGGUCGCACCACGGCCCGACUAAAAUAGCCUGGAGCACCCGUUGCGAUCACCUUAAGCCUCGGGGUGGCUUAACCGGGCGGACACGGGUCAGACGGCUGAAGCCUGGACACAAGACUGUGGCUAAAGUGCCGACAGAAGACACUAGCCAAGUACCGAUCAGGAUCACACGUCCCAAAAGAUUUUUCAUGUGGCGAGACUUUAACAUACCGAAGGACAGGCAGGAACUAGAGAGGGGUGAAAUGACAGAUAUCACCAAGAACGGCAAGGAGGUUGAUACCACCCUUGGAAGUGGUGAAGAAGACAUCAUCAGCCACCCUCUACAACCCCAGUACCACUCUGCUGUUCGGAGUGUUGCCUCUGAGGAGAAGCAUCGGCCGCUUGAAGAAGAUUCACUGUCCGAAGAAAUCGAGCACGAUGUAACUGUGAUAUCAAGGGAGAAACGGGCCUCGCUGAAAAGACAGCCGAGCUGCGAUUCCCUUUUCACCAGGAAGCACCCGAAGCCCGCCGGCGUCUGGAGGCCGUACGGUCCGCCACUGUACGGGUACGGCUCCGCCCUGAACCCGCCGCGCAGGAAAGGGCCGGACACGCUGGUCAUCCUCGCCGCCAUCUUCUACUGCCUGGCCGCCCUAACAGCUGUGGUGUUAGCUGUUCUGUUCAAAACCAGCGUCGUGACAUGUUAGCAGCCAUGUUACUCUUUUACUUGAACGUAUUGGACCAUUGACAGUGCAUGUUACGACCUAUCAGAAAAAAUCUCAA